CCAUGAUGGAGGAAUUGCACAGCUUGGAUCCUCGCAGGCAGGAGCUUCUGGAGGCCCGGUUCACAGGAGUCGGAGUUGCCAAGGGUUCUGGACCCAACGAGUCGUCUAACCAGAGCUUAUGUAGCGUGGGUUCCCUCAGUGACAAAGAGCUGGAGACCCCAGAGAAGAAAUCUAAUGACCAGAGAACACGUAAAAGGAAAGGAGACCCUUUUGACAACCAGGGCAAAGGAGGAGGGAGAGGACAUAAAAUUAGUGAUUAUUUUGAGUUUGCAGGGGGUAGUGGUACUGGUACCAGCCCAGCUCGUGGCAUUCCUCCAGUGGCACGGUCCUCUCCACAGCACUCUCUCUCAAACCCUCCUGCUGCUGUGCAGCAAGGAAGCCCCUCCUCCAUUAGCUCAGUAAACGCAGACCACUCCCACUCCUCCUGUUCCCACAAGCCAGUUUCUACACCCAAUCAGCACCGAGCCACACAGUCUGACUUGACAAUGGAGAAGUUAGCAGCGCUGGAGAGCAGUAAGAGCUCGGAUCUGGAGAAGAAAGAAGGACGUAUUGACGACCUGCUUAGGGUAAACUGUGACCUGCGCAGACAGAUCGAUGAGCAACAGAAGAUGCUGGAACGAUGUAAAGAACGACUCAAUAAAUGUGUGACCAUGAGUAAGAAACUGCUUAUUGAAAAGUCCAAGCAGGAGAAGAUUGCAUGCAGAGAAAAGAGCAUGCAGGACCGGCUUCGUCUGGGCCAUUUCACCACUGUACGGCACGGAGCCUCAUUCACCGAGCAGUGGACAGAUGGAUACGCCUUCCAGAAUCUAGUCAAACAACAAGAGCGAGUCAAUGGGCAGAGAGAGGACAUAGAAAGACAGAGGAAACUGCUGCUGAAGAAGAAACCGCCCAGCGCCAGUCAGACUCCUCCUCUCAACCUAGAACCCAACAAACGAAAGAGCAAGAGCAACGGUUCCGAGAACGAGAUGUUAUCUUUAGCAGAAUACCAUGAGCAAGAAGAAAUCUUCAAACUGAGACUCGGACACCUGAAGAAGGAGGAAGCAGAGAUUCAAGUGGAGCUGGAACGGUUGGAGCGUGUGCGUAAUCUUCACAUCCGAGAGCUCAAAAGAAUCCAUAAUGAAGAUAACUCCCAGUUUAAAGAUCAUCCCACGCUAAAUGACCGCUACCUGCUCUUGCAUCUGCUGGGCAGAGGAGGCUUCAGCGAGGUCUACAAGGCCUUUGAUUUGACGGAGCAGAGGUACGUGGCUGUGAAGAUUCACCAGCUUAAUAAGAGCUGGAGAGAUGAGAAGAAAGAGAACUAUCACAAGCAUGCCUGUCGAGAAUAUAGGAUCCAUAAAGAGCUGGACCAUCCUAGAAUAGUCAAACUGUACGACUACUUCUCCCUGGACACCGACUCAUUCUGCACUGUUCUGGAGUACUGUGAGGGGAACGAUCUGGAUUUCUAUCUGAAGCAGCACAAGCUGAUGUCAGAGAAAGAGGCCCGAUCUAUCAUAAUGCAGGUCGUCAAUGCUCUCAAGUACUUAAAUGAGAUCCGCCCGCCAAUCAUCCAUUACGACCUCAAACCAGGCAACAUCCUGCUGGUGAAUGGCACAGCAUGUGGAGAAAUAAAAAUCACAGACUUUGGGCUGUCCAAGAUCAUGGACGACGACAACUACGGGGUGGACGGCAUGGAGCUGACAUCACAGGGGGCGGGGACGUACUGGUAUCUUCCCCCAGAAUGCUUUGUGGUUGGAAAAGAGCCACCUAAGAUCUCCAACAAAGUGGACGUUUGGUCCGUUGGGGUCAUCUUUUACCAGUGCCUCUAUGGGAAGAAGCCGUUCGGUCAUAAUCAAUCCCAGCAGGACAUCCUCCAGGAGAACACUAUUCUCAAAGCCACAGAGGUGCAGUUUCCUCCCAAACCAGGAGUCUCACCUGAGGCUAAGGCCUUCAUUCGCAGAUGUUUGGUGUACCGUAAAGAGGAUCGCAUCGAUGUUCACCAGCUGGCCAGUGAUCCCUACCUCCUCCCGCACAUACGCAAGUCAGUGGCUGCCACCGGUAACUCCAGCAUGGCCGUCGCCUCCACCUCCAGCUCCUCCAACAGCAGCGCCUCCAAUUGAGACCCCGGCACAUCCUCGCUAGUUUUGACCGGAGCAGGGGGUGCGGGGCAUUCUCAUUUUGCCCCGUCCCUCUCUGCAGUGCACUGGAAGGGGUCUCAAACCCUUUACCUGUCGAGCAAGGAGGCAGGAAGAAAGGGUAAGAGAGGGAUGGAGACCAAAUGCAUCCCCCUGCACCCUUCUUCCACUCCCAGGCAUCUGGAGGCUUGAUUUAUUUCGUUUUAUUGUAUUUUUUUUGAAUGGGAGGGGACUAAAAAAGCACCCCACGAGUGAGCCAGAGCUGUGAGAAGGACUGAACUGCUCAGACUGGUGGAAGAGACUGGUAUAUGCCCUGCACCCCACAACACACAAACACAUGCGCGCGCACACACACACACACACACACACACACACACAUAUAUAAACGCACAUUUAUAAUGAGGUCAGCUUGACUUUUCUUAUAUGGCAACACCAAUGAUGGGACAAGCCCACUCAUACUAAUGUGCAUUUAAGUGUACAAUGUUCCUAAAGAUCGGGAGACAUUCCCUGCUGACACAACGAGCCCGCCCCACCCCAUCUUCUCUCUUUCUCUC